UUUCUUUUUUUUCCUUUUAACAAACCUAAGGAUGAAGUUCUCCGCUGAUGUUAGCUCUUCCCGUAGAAAGAGCAGAAAGGCUCACUUCUCUGCUCCCUCUCACAUUCGCCAAAAGAUCAUGAGCUCUGCUUUGUCCAAGGAACUCCGUGAAAAGCACAAUGUUCGCUCUAUGCCCAUCCGCCGUGAUGACGAAGUUACCGUUGUCCGUGGUACCUACAAGGGUCGCGAAGGCAAGGUUGUUCAAGUUUACCGUAAGAAGUGGGUUAUCCAUAUCGAACGUAUUACUCGUGAAAAGGUAAAUGGUGCCACUGCUCCUAUUGGUAUCCACCCCUCUAACGUCGUGAUCAACAAGCUCAAGUUGGAUCACAGUCGUCAAGCUGUUCUUGAUCGCAAGGGCAAGAAGGAAGCUAUGCAACAAUAAAUCCUCGGGGAUAUUCAAGGCUAAACAGUUUAUUCUUUGAUAUAUUCACAAUGUUUAUCAAAUAAAGCAUUCUUGUUUUUCUAUU